AAUCUGUAUCUAUAUCUAGGUGUAUUGUGAAAAAAAAAGUCAUAACGUUGGAAAUGUCUUUUAAUUCGGAUAAUAAUGAAAUAGAGAUAGUUGCAUCAUUGUUAAGGCAGUUUAACAAUAAUUCCCAAAGUUUUCUUAGCGAGGGCGUGAAACGCUUGAUUUGUCAUGUUCAUGAUGUUGGUAGUAUUGCAGAUGACGCUUACUCUAAGCACUCUGACGACAUAACUGUUUCAAAUUCAUCGUUGACAUCGACUCCACCAAUUCAGCCUUUUAUCGCCUCACCUUAUUUUGAACACGAAUGCUCAUUAAAAGAAUGUGAUUCAGAAGAGACUGAAGAGUCUAAACUAUUGUUUCAUCUGGAUUUAUUAUUGGGGCUUCAGGACAAUCUUAUUAAGACUAAGACUGCAUUUAUUAUUUGCAAGAAUGGCUACAUCCAUUUUCGGCCACCUCAUACAAAUGAAAAUAUUACACUUAGAUCUAGUCCUAGAUCUACAUCCCAAAUCAAAGAUGAAUCUAACAUUGACAUCAGUUUACAUUAUAAAAACUCUGUACAGUGUAUGACACAAGCCUUCAGAUUUUCUGAAGUUGUCUUAGAACACUUUGACACUACCACAUUUACUGUCAAAUUCAGCAGAUUCUUGGAUUGGACUAAAAAUGUAAAAUUAUUUCAGGAUUGCUUUGAACUUUUAAGUCAUCAUGAUGGUGCUGAUGAUUUAUUAGCCUUGCUAAUGUUAUGUGGAGGCUUGGAAAAAGCUCUUGGAAAUCUCUAUUUAACCAAAGGUAUGAAAUGUCCUGCCAUGCUAAAAGAUCUUCUUGCUACUACUGAACUGAGGGAUAUCUUAGGUGACUCUGUAAUUGCUGUUCUCCAUGUUGUGAUGGGCCCACCUGUGUCAAUGAAUCUACGAAAUGUCGCCUGGCAUGGAUUUCUUUCUGUCAAUGAAUUACCCAGAAGGUAUAUUUAUUUUUUACUGCUGUUGACUGUAAGCAUUGGAAAACAUUUGUCAGAAAGACAUUUUUCUACUGAUGUAGUAGAGAACAGGCUUCAUGUUUCCUUGUCUGCAUGCGAUGAUAUAGCUCAGCAUUUGAAAGUAGAGCUAUCAGAUGUUCACUUGCAGCAGAUUGAAGAGUUGAUUGAAAGCAGCUGGAUUGUAACCAAAGGGAAUAAAGAAAUGAUCAAGUCUGGUUUCACUUACUAUAGUCUCAAGAACUACAGCUGGUCUGCACUUUGUCUGUUGCCACAGCUGGAAUGUACUUUAAGAAGACUUUUUGUUGUAGUUAACAAAUGCCCAGAGAGACUCCUGACUGCUGAGGCAACAAGUUUGUACACAACAUUUGAAGAGAUAUUGGACUUGUACUUGCCAGACGGUAGUCUUAAUGCUUUGAUACAAGUUUGUGGAGAAUCAUUUAUGGAUUUACUUCAUGAUCUUCUCAUUUAUCCCAAGGGGCCGAGAGCAAGAGAUAAACUGAGCCACGGAGAAGCUGAUUACUUGACAGUACAACAGUCUCUGUGCUGCAUAGUGAUUUCCUGCCUGUUUUAUCUGGCCCUAAAAUUUACGCCUCAUGGCAUGGCGUCUCCUGUGGAAGGAUACAGAUCCAUAUUUCAUCCAGUUUCCAUACUCAAACACAAGAUCAUAGAGUUGUCUUCCUUAGCUACUGGUAUUUAUUUAGAGUUGUGCCAGUAUUCAGAUACUAAACCUUGCAAACAUUUGGAGUUGAUCCAGGCAUCAUUGAAAAGAUUUGUACAGUCUGAAUCUCUCUCUUCAUUGUCUUCAAGAUUGCCAGAUUGGAACAUGUUACUUGAAAUGUCUGCUGUUCCUUUUGAAAACAGUGAUGGGAGGAUACAGUUUGUAUUGAAUCUCUUGCGUCACAACACACUUCAUAGAUGGCAUCCUAGCAAGUCAACGCCAGCCAUGGGAAGCACUAAGAAAGUUUCAGAAAGUGAGAUUGUCAAUCUAUGUUCUAGAGUCCUACAGGAAACGGAAGCCUCUCUGAGACAAAUCAGUUCCACACUGCGGCUCAGACUGAGACAGUUGCAGGACAAGCAACUAAGGUCAAGGCAGCGUGACAAUUUAGACAGCCUGAAGGCCUUCCUCCCUUGUAUGAGUUUGAUGAGCAACUAUGUUCUUAUCUUGUCAACAUGGAUAGUUUGUCACCUGAACAGCUAUGACAGCUUGGAUGACUCCGCCCAGAAACUUCUACAAAGGUUCUUGAAGAAUUGUCUUCAGACUUGUGAAAACUUGAGGACCUACACGUCUGCUGAGAACUGCAAGUGGAGUGUUUCAGGGGAGAUCAUUCUGAAAGAAAUUAACUUGGCAGAGCUAUUUGCUGAACAGAACAUCUUCGGCCAUGGCAAUCUAUUAUAG